UGGAUGCGCUCCCCUCGUCGGCGAUGGCUGUCGGACGCCUUCAUCCUUCUUUGGUCUUCUGCAUUUGACGGGCAAAACCGAGCGCAGGCCGCCUUUUUUCUUGUUUUCUGUUGUUGUUGUUCCUUUCCUUUCUGUUCCUCCGCCUCCCUCCUCCCUUGAUGGCGACGACGGCAGACGCGGGGAGCACUCGGCGGUGUUUGGACAAUGAGAAUGAGUGACUUUUCGGGCCCGGAUGCUCGGGAGGAGAUGGCAAAAGCAGAAGAAAGGAGAGCGGCCGUGACGACGAGCUGACUCUUUUGUUGGCCCCCAGAUGGCUUCUUUUGUCGGAUGAUGAUUGUCCCCGAGAGUCCCAGAUGUGAGCGCGCGGAUGUCGAGUUCCCCGCCUCGGCAUUGCUUUGCCUCCACAUCGGCGGCGAGCGAGACGAGAUGUAGGCUCGACCGUCACCUCUCUCGUUUCAUGCACAUGAACACAAGGUGUCUCGGGUGGUUUAUUUUCUUUCUAUUUUCAUCGGAAGACGAAUGAUGUAUGUCGUGCUGCUGUGAGGACUGCACACCGAGCGUCUGAAUGGGCGCGUUGUAAAAUUCGACGAGGGCCAAGAAAGGAAGAAGGGAGCGCGUCCAUUCGAGCCACUCGCAAACAUCCUCCAGCCAGGCAGGCGUCGGUUCCCGUGUGCGUGUAGCCCAACAUGUUCAAAUAUCGGAUCCGCAUGUUUCUGAACGAACUGAAAGUGCUGGUGUGGAUGCGAUCCGAUUCGAGCCAGUCCGGCUCAUCACCCGACCCCGACAGAGAGCGACGCUCGGCCGCCGCCGCCGCCGCAGCAGCUGCCGCCGCCGUGCGAGGCUUGCGCGUGAUGGGCGGCUGCGGCUGGCCGCCCUUCGGCGACUGCCGCUCCCGGAACGACGACGAGGAGUACUACGGAAGCGAACCGCCACGGCCCCGGAGCCAGCUGCGGGCCUUGGACGACAAGGAGCCCAAGCUGCAGGUGCAGGGCCUGGACGCAGUGUCGCUGGCCAGCACCGCCAGCAGCCUGCGGACCCCCCAGUGCCGGAUCUGCUUCCAAGGGCCCGAGCAGGGAGAGCUAUUGAGCCCAUGCCGGUGCGACGGGUCUGUGCGCUGUACCCACCAGCCCUGCCUCAUCCGCUGGAUCAGUGAAAGGGGCUCCUGGAGCUGUGAGCUGUGUUACUUCAAGUACCAGGUUCUGGCCAUCAGCACCAAAAACCCCCUGCAGUGGCAGGCCAUCUCGCUGACGGUGAUCGAGAAGGUGCAGAUCGCGGCCAUCGUGCUGGGCUCCCUGUUCCUCAUUGCCAGCAUCUCCUGGCUCAUCUGGUCCUCUCUCAGCCCCUCGGCCAAGUGGCAACGUCAGGACCUGCUCUUCCAAAUCUGCUACGGCAUGUACGGCUUCAUGGACAUUGUCUGCAUAGGCCUCAUCAUCCACGAGGGAUCGUCAGUGUAUCGCAUUUUCAAACGAUGGCAGGCCGUCAACCAGCAGUGGAAAGUUCUCAACUAUGAGAAAUCCAAAGACCUGGGCGACCCGGUGAGUCUGGCCAGCAAGACGGGGGCCCGUGGCGGUCGCGGGACUCCACAGGGCCUGGCGGGCGGCAGCGCGGGCCGCCGGGGCAGGAGGCUGAGAACUAUUCUGAACCGCCGCUGCGGAUACACCAUCCUGCACAUCCUCAGCCAGCUGCGGCCCAACGACCCACGCAUCGGCACCGCCGCCAACCGGGAGGUGGUGAUGAGGGUCACCACCGUAUGAGGUGGCAAGGAGGAAAGACCUCCUCGUGGCCUUGGAGUCCAGAUCUAGGUGAGCGUAUGUAAUAGGGAAAGCGAAAUCGGAAAAGGACCUGCAGAGGAAGCAAAAGCGAUGCCCGGAGCAUCAAAAACACGCAGAGACACUCUCCACGAGUUCUCCUCUUGUUUCUAAUCACGAGAAGAAGCCAGAUGCUCCUUUUCACCAAUGAGGGAAGUGAUGAAAAAAGGAUUUAAAAAAAACACUUUCAAAGACAUCAAGGAAGGACGGAAAAGGGGGAAAGGAGCGUUUCUAAACUAAUCCGAAAUGACCAGACAUUUUUUAUUCUCUCCAGUUCAAUAUCAGGAUGCACAGAGACAUUUCUUUCUCUUUCGGUUGAGCCUCGAAUUUUUUUUUUUUGUUUUUUUUUUUUUGCAUCUCUUUGUUUUCUACUCAAUCUUUGAUUUCGGAGGGAUCAAGAAAUCAUGUCAGUCCUUACAGUACAUGCCGAGCCUUUCCAGACACCUUUGUGUGGUUCUUCAUUUGAACAAGAUCAUUAUCAAUACCAGGCAAUACACCCAAGUGAAAGGAAAAAAAAUUCCCUCCAAAAUCAUAUCAAAAUCAAUGAGAUUGAAAUGAUAUUUAGAUAUAAUCUCUUUGCAAUAAAUACAUCAUAUGUACAUUUCAUGAGGAAUUUUGCAUGAUUAUAUCAUUUUCUUUACCACAUAA